UCAGUAGCGAUCGCGGCGCGAGCGUGUCAAGUACUCUAUAGAAACUCGAAAAGCAGAAUACCCGUGUUAUUAUACAAACGGGUGGAAAAUUUUCUAUAGCGACCUGAGGACGGUGGUUGAAAUACUGUGGAAAAUUGAAGGGGUGGCCAUGCAACAGUGAAGCAAAAGAAAUAAUAUUAUAAAGCCUUUAUACAAAUACAUACAUCGAAUACAUCACUAAAGAAUAUUGUGAUAUCGAGAAUAGUGCUUCAUGUGACUUAGGCUUGCAGCGUUAAUAAUAUAAAUACUAUAACUCUUGCUUGACAUAUAAAAAGCAAGAUGGUUACGAACGAGAAUAAAAAUCUAUUAAACGACAACAGAUUGGGCGUCAGUGGAAAUGGAGGCGCAGGACAAGUUAAAGCUCAGAUUGUGCCUGCACAACCCAAGACUUUGCAGCAUUUACCUAAACGACCAGCUGUAGAUUUGGCGUUCCACAAUUUGACAUACCGCGUCAAGGAGGGCAAUGGAAGCAAUUCCAAGACCAUCUUAAAGGGUGUCAGUGGACGUUUAAGGUCUGGAGAGCUCACUGCCAUAAUGGGACCUUCAGGUGCCGGAAAAAGUACUCUACUCAAUAUUUUGUCGGGAUACAAAACCACAAAUAUCGAAGGGAGUGUUACAAUGAAUGGAUCAGAGCGAAAUUUGAGUACCUUCCGUAAAUUGUCCGCAUACAUAAUGCAGGAUAAUCAGUUGCACGGGAACUUAACAGUUCAGGAAGCAAUGACAGUGGCAACGAAUUUAAAACUGAGCAAGAAGUUCACAAAGCUCGAAAAGAAUUCAAUGAUUGAUGAUAUUUUGCUAACUCUAAGCUUGAGUGAACAUCGCAACACAAUGACCCGUAAUUUGUCUGGAGGGCAGAAAAAGCGUUUGUCGAUUGCCCUGGAAUUAGUUAGCAAUCCACCAAUUAUGUUCUUUGACGAGCCUACUUCUGGUCUAGAUAGCUCCACGUGUUUCCAGUGCAUUCAUCUGCUGAAAAUGCUUGCCGCUGGCGGCCGUACUGUCAUUUGUACUAUUCAUCAGCCAUCGGCCCGACUCUUUGAAAUGUUCGAUCAACUUUAUACUCUUGCUGAUGGCCAAUGCGUGUACCAGGGAAGCACCAAGCAACUAGUGCCAUUCCUGUCCACGUUAAAUUUGGAGUGUCCCAGCUAUCAUAACCCAGCAAGUUAUGUGAUCGAAGUGUCUUGCGGAGAGCAUGGCGAUCACACUCGCAAACUGGUGGAAGCCAUCGACAAUGGCAAACGGGACAUUCGUUCAUCGGCUGAUUAUGCCGGCUUGAAGGCCCGUAAUGAUCUGGUUAAAGUGCAAAACUUGAAAGCUAUUUUGGACAAGAACGACGUGUCUAACGUGAGCGGUAGCAAGUACGAGGAAAACCUUACUUUAAACAAUGGUCUGCUUAAUGGAAUGGUUAAUGACAUUGUGAAGGAAACAAACGGAUUGGGUGGUUCAUCUGUGGUGACCACCAAUGAGAAAGGAGACGCUAUGAUCGACGUUGAGAAGACAGACAAUUGCACAACAGCUCUGCUUUCAGAGGAGAUAAUGUCACCCGAGCGUUAUCCCACGUCACAGUUCCAUCAAUUUUGGGUGGUUUUAAAGAGAACUUUACUUUUUAGUUAUCGCGAUUGGACCCUUAUGUAUUUGCGAUUGUUUGCCCAUCUGCUGGUAGGAUUCUUAAUUGGAGCUCUCUAUUACGAUAUUGGAAACGAUGGCGCAAAAGUGCUAAGUAAUUUGGGUUUUCUGUUCUUCAAUAUGUUGUUCUUGAUGUACACAUCCAUGACCAUAACAAUUUUGUCAUUCCCACUCGAAAUGCCGGUGUUGCUAAAGGAGAACUUUAAUCGCUGGUAUUCUCUAAAAUCGUACUAUUUAGCUAUAUCAGUUGCUGAUUUACCAUUCCAAGCGAUUUUCUGUGUCAUCUACGUAUCCAUAGUAUAUUACUAUACGUCACAGCCAUGGGAACUCUUCCGUUUCACAAUGUUCUUGUCUGCAUGUCUGCUGAUCUCCUUCGUGGCUCAAUCCGUUGGUCUGGUUGUCGGCGCUGCAAUGAAUGUUCAAAAUGGCGUUUUCUUGGCUCCAGUAAUGUCCGUACCAUUCCUGCUUUUCUCUGGCUUCUUCGUUUCUUUCGACGCUAUACCGGUUUAUUUACGGUGGAUCACAUAUCUCUCAUACAUUCGCUAUGGUUUCGAAGGAACGGCUUUGGCCACCUACGGAUAUGGACGUGAAAAGCUCAAAUGCUUCCAAACUUACUGUCAUUUCAAAUCUCCAAUGACUACCUUAGAGGAAUUGGACAUGGUCAAUGCAAACUUUACACUAGAUAUUGUUGCCCUAGUUGUAAUUUUUGUGGUGCUGCGAAUUUCGGCCUAUCUCUUCCUGCGCUGGAAGCUCAAGACCACUCGCUAACGAGUACAACUAAAUGUUAUUUUCGGGUUUUAAAGCUUUUCCGUGUGUAUAAGUAUCCAAAUUUAUAUUCUUUUAAUAAGAUUACAAAAUGUGUAGUUUGUGUAUAAUAGCUUAAAGUCUAAG